UGUAGGUAACGCCCAUCUUUUCAUGACCAAGCAAAAACAACUCUCUCUGAACUCAUUGCAUAGAAGAACAGAAAUGGCUGCUGAAAUGGAGGAUGCUGUAACGUUCUUGCAGAGGGUCAGUGACCAGUACUCUGAUGUAACCUCUCUGCUCAGCACCCCCCAGCUCUUGGCUCUGGACAUGAACCCCAAGGAGCCCUUCCAAAAUGACAAUGUGAAUGAGAACUUUGUGAAACUGGUUGAGGGAUACUUUGUGUCAAAGCAUGCUAUCUACAGUGCAAAGGGGAAUCUACAAAUGGCUCUAAUGGAGCCCAAGAAUAAAGGAGAUGACAUUAACACAAAGAAGCAAGAGCUGGUUAUUGAAGUCAUGAGAAUGAUUGAAUCCCGGAUCAAGAUUAUUUGGGAGUCCAAGCUCAAGCUGACAGAGGAGGCCGAUGGUGAGCAGUCUCUGCCUAGAGUCAUCCGCCUCUGUCGCAGGCUCAGUCUCACUGACAAGGAAUCCAUGGUGAUGCUCUACACCAUUGUCUGCCAGAUGUCUGAAACCAGGUCAAUCAAUCUAAGAGGCGCCUUUGCUAACGCGCAACUGUUUGGCAGCUCUACACUGAACGUGUGCAAAGCUUGUGAUUUAUCCAUCUCUGACAUGAUCAACUUUCUGAGUGAGGACAGAGAACAUAUGAAGCAGGGCAUCUUCCUGGAUGUACAGCAGAGCUACAUACUGCACUCGACCAUUACCUUUGAUGAGGUGACAUGUAAGGCUCUCAUUGGAGCUCCUCUCUCAGACAACGAGUUCUUAAAGAUUGAGCAGACCCACUUGGCUGACCUCAUCGCUGCUGAGGUGGGAAGCUCCCACUUUAGGACAAAGGACAUCGCCGAGGGUGGAUCCCAACCCACAGAGACGACCGAACCGUUGCCCCAUGUGAUCUCUCCCACCACUCAAGACUCCCCUCCAGCAGCAGACUCUAAUGAACAAGAGCCACCUCCACUUGAAGAUCCUCCUAAGCCAGCUGCCCAUGGCAUUGGUGAUCUUGAAGAUCUGUUGCGGGUGGAGAGGGAGAAAGAGAAGGACGUUGUUGUGGACAAAGAUGCUAGUGUGACGGAGGAAGAUAUCUCUUCACUAACCCCAUACAAGACCGACUUGGAAUACUUAGAUGACCAUUUCCAGCUGGUUGCUCAGAGGAUAAAGGUCAAGUCCAUGGAUGCUCGGAUGGACAUGGAGGCUCAGUAUGGAGAGGAGAUCAGGGACACUCGCACCAUCAGGCAAAAGAGAGAGGCAGAGAGCAAGGCCAAGGUGAUAGAGAGCAGGUGUGCCAAGAGAUUAGCUCUAACUACGAAGUCUGGCUCAUGGAUGCCUCGUCUCGAGAGAAUGGUGAAGUCACGAAACUUGGUUCAGUUUGAGAAGAACGUGCUCUUGUCUCUCAUCGGUUUCGUCAUUCAGCCAAACAAGAUCUCCACAUUUGAGGGUAUGGCUUCGUACGGAGGUAACAACGCCAGCUUCACUGUGGGGGAGCUGCUGCGACUUUUUUGCUCCUCCCUCAAGGACCAAAUUAAACACAGGAUGUUCUUCUACAAGACGGGCACUCUCGUCAGAGAGGGCAUGAUCAUGGUGCACAACUCUGGACUGACGGGGGACCCCACCACGGCCAAGGUGGAGAUUGACAGGAGGAUGCUCGACUUUUGUGUCGGACUAGACACUGAGUUCUCUGAAAUGGUGGAGGGAUCUCAUCUCUACUACCCCAAGACCAAGUUUGACCAGGUUGUCUUGAGUAAGGAGCAAAAGAGUUUGAUUCUAAACACAGUGAGCAACUUUGAGUCGUUCAAGCGUUGUCGUAAGAACAUGGGUCUGGACGAUGCCAUCACGUAUGGUGCUGGGAUGGUGUUGUUGUUCUAUGGUCCCCCAGGCACUGGCAAGACCAUGAUGGCCAACGCUCUGGCUAACAAACUGGGGAAGAAGGUAUUGCUGAUCAACUUUCCCUCAUUGGGCAGUAUGAGUGCUGGAGAUAACUUCAAGUUUAUCUUUAGAGAGGCCAAGAUCAACGACGCCAUCUUGUUCUUUGACGAGUGUGAGGCCAUCUUUGAGAGUAGAGACAAAGGCGGCCACGACGUUAACCUCCUGCUCACAGAGAUAGAGAGACAUGAUGGCCUCAUCGUAAUGGCCACCAAUCGGCCGUAUGAUCUUGACGAGGCCAUGCAUCGUCGCAUCAUGAUUGCUAUAGAGUUCCAGCAGCCUGACCACAUCCUCCGCAAGGCCAUCUGGGAGAACCACAUCCCAGGGCAGAUGGAACUGGCAGACGAUGUUGAUAUGGGAGAGCUGUCGCUAAGGUUUGAGCUGACAGGAGGGUUCAUCAAGAACGCUGUGUUGUCGGCCCUCUCCAUAGCCGUGUCUCGAGAUGGUGACUCUCCAGUAGUUAGUCAGAGUGACCUGUUGCAGGGGGCCAACCUCCAGCUGAGAGGAAGGCUCAGGAUGAAGGACUUCCAUCGUCGUAUAGUUCCCAAGAAUGGCCUUGACAAAGUGAUAGUUACCGACCGCCUUGCUCAGAACCUGGACGAGAUUGUGCAGUUUGAGAAAGCAAGGUCAGUUCUGUUUGGUCAGUGGGGUUUUGCGGCCAACGAUCAGCAGGGGAUCACCGUGCUCCUCCACGGACCCCCUGGCACUGGGAAGACUCUUGCUGCUGAAGCUCUUGGCUACGAGGUUGGAAAACCACUAAAGGUGGUCAACUGUGGGGAGCUGCUUAGCAAGUGGGUGGGAGAAAGCUCCAAGAACAUUGACGCCAUCUUUGAGGAGGCUCGUCACUCUGAUGCUAUCUUAGUGUUUGACGAGGCAGAAGGUCUCUUCGGAGCUCGCACCACAAUGAGCACGUCAACGGACCGGUAUGCCAAUGUGGACGUGGGAGUGCUGCUCUAUCAAAUUGAGAGGUUCCCAGGAAUCAUCAUCCUCACCACCAACCUCAUUGAGAACAUUGACAAGGCGUUCUUUAGGAGGCUCAGAUUUGUGCUUGAGUUUGAGAUCCCUCCAACCAAGUUGCGCACUGAGAUUUGGAAGCUGCUGAUCCCUAAGGAGACGCCACUCGAUGACGACAUUGAUUUUGAGCGUCUUGGGAGGUUUGAGAUGAGUGGGGGCAAUAUCAAAAGUGCUGUGUUUCGAGCGGCCUCUCGUGCAGCCCUCAGGAAGAAGGAGGACCGUCGGGUGAAGAUGACGGACCUGGAGGACUCGGCAGAAGAGGAGGUGGGCAAAUCCUCCACUAGGACCAGUUUCAGACGACAAGAUUCGGACACGGCACGGAUGUAUAACUGAUCAUUUUUUAUUUUUGCUCAAAGUCUUAGGGGACCAUAAUUAUAGUUUGUGUUCAAUGACUAUUAUUACUUUUCGAUAGUUUGGGUUGAUACUCAACAUUCCAAUUAAACGUUUACUGUG